AUGCAGUCCUCCCCAAACAUGCUCACCAAGUUUGAGUCGAAAUCCUCCAGAGCCAAAGGAAUCGCAUUCCAUCCCAAACGGCCAUGGAUUCUCGUUUCUCUUCACUCCUCAACCAUCCAACUAUGGGAUUACCGCAUGGGAACUCUCAUUGACCGAUUCGAAGAACAUGAUGGACCGGUUCGCGGCGUUGACUUCCACCCAACCCAGCCCCUGUUUGUGUCGGGAGGUGACGACUACAAGAUCAAGGUCUGGAACUACCAGACUCGGAGGUGUUUGUUCACAUUAAAUGGCCACUUGGAUUAUGUGCGAACAGUCUUCUUCCACCCCGAACUGCCUUGGAUCCUGUCUGCGUCCGAUGACCAGACCAUCAGAAUCUGGAACUGGCAAAAUCGGUCACUCAUCUGUACGAUGACCGGUCACAACCACUAUGUUAUGUGCGCUCAAUUCCACCCCACCGAGGACCUCAUCGCCUCGGCCUCGUUGGAUCAGUCUGUUCGCAUUUGGGACAUCUCUGGCUUGCGGAAGAAGCACUCGGCCCCGACCUCGAUUUCCUUCGAAGAUCAAAUGGCACGAGCCAAUCAAAACCAAGCCGAUAUGUUUGGAAACACCGACGCAGUCGUCAAGUUCGUGCUGGAAGGCCACGACCGUGGUGUUAACUGGGUGUCGUUCCACCCUACAUUACCCUUGCUCGUGUCGGCUGGUGACGAUAGAUUGGUUAAACUUUGGCGGAUGAGCGAUACUAAGGCGUGGGAGGUCGAUACUUGCCGCGGUCAUUUCCAGAAUGCCUCCGCCGCUCUGUUCCACCCACACCAGGACCUCAUCCUGUCCGUUGGUGAAGAUAAGACGAUUCGCGCAUGGGAUCUGAACAAGCGUACAUCGGUUCAGUCCUUUAAGCGUGACCAUGAUAGAUUCUGGGUUAUCGCCGCCCACCCCGAGAUGAACUUGUUUGCCGCAGGCCAUGACACCGGUGUUAUGGUCUUCAAGCUCGAGCGAGAGCGUCCUGCGUCUGCUAUCUACCAGAACCAGCUGUUCUACAUCACAAAGGAGAAGCACGUUAAGUCAUAUGACUUUGCUAAGAAUGUUGAGUCGCAGCCGAUGCUUUCGCUGCGCAAGCUGGGUUCCCCAUGGGUCCCUCCCCGAACCCUCUCUUACAACCCUGCUGAGCGAGCUAUUUUGGUCACCUCGCCGGCUGAUAAUGGAACUUAUGAAUUGAUUCACUUGCCUAGAGAUGCUACCGGAGCGGUUGAGCCCACAGAUGUCAAGCGCGGACAGGCAACCUCGGCAGUCUUCGUCGCCCGCAACCGUUUCGCUGUGUUCAACCCCUCAAGCCAACAGAUCGAUAUCAAGGAUCUGAGCAAUUCCACAACGAAAACAAUCAAGCCCCCAGCCGGAACUACUGACAUCUACUUUGGCGGCACCGGAUGCUUGCUCUUCAUCACUCCUACACAUGUGACUCUGUUCGAUAUCCAACAAAAGAAGCAGCUUGCAGAACUUGCAGUUAGCGGAGUGAAGUAUGUGGUAUGGUCCAACGAUGGACUUUACUGCGCUUUGCUCAGCAAACACAAUGUCACUAUUGUCACUAAGACCCUUGAGCAAGUCAGCACCCUGCACGAGACUAUCCGCAUCAAGAGUGCUACCUGGGAUGAUGCCGGUGUGCUGCUCUACUCCACUCUCAACCACAUCAAGUACUCGCUUCUUAAUGGUGACAAUGGUAUCAUUCGCACUCUGGACCAGACUGUAUACCUUGUCCGUGUCAAGGGACGCAGCGUCUAUGCUCUUGAUCGCAACGCCCAGCCACGAGUUUUGGAGAUUGACCCGACUGAGUACCGUUUCAAGCUCGCCCUUGUGAAGCGUAACUACGACGAAAUGCUUCAGAUUAUUAAGACUUCGAGCUUGGUUGGCCAGAGUAUUAUCUCUUAUCUGCAGAAGAAGGGUUAUCCGGAGAUUGCUUUGCAGUUCGUGCAAGAUCCCCAGACCCGCUUCGACCUUGCCCUUGAAUGUGGCAAUCUCGAAGUUGCUAACGAGAUGGCACGCGAACUCGACCGUCCCAAGUUUUGGACUAGGCUCGGAGCCGAGGCAUUGGCUCAUGGUAACCACCAGACUGUCGAAAUGACCUAUCAAAAGCAGCGUAACUUCGACAAGCUCUCUUUCCUUUAUCUCUCUACUGGUGACCAGGAGAAGCUUUCCCGUAUGGCUAAAAUCGCCGAACACCGUGGCGACUUUACAUCUCGUUUCCAAAACGCUAUCUACCGUGGCGAUGUUGAGGACCGAAUCCAAAUGUUCAAGGAAGUCGAUUUGUACCCUCUUGCCUAUCUCACUGCCAAGUCACACGGUCUGACUGAAGAGGCCGAGUCCAUUCUGGAAGCUGUUGGUUUAACUGAAGAUCAGAUUGCUUUGCCCACACUCGAGCAACCUUUGACAGUUCCCCAUCCUAUUGUGCCUACCUUCAAGUCCAACUGGCCCGUCAAGGCUGCUGGUCACUCUUCCUUUGAGAAGGCCCUUCUUGGCGAGGUUGGUGCUGCCGAUGAGGAGGCAGGUGCUGAUGGAUUCGAUAUCGAGGAGGAGGAGCAAGAAGCUGCUCUCGCCCGGGAAACCCUUGAUGAUGAUGAAGAGGAAGUUUCCGGAUGGGACAUGGGCGAUGAUGUCAAUGCUGAGGAAGAUGUCGACUUCGUCAACGUGGAAAGUGCCGAAGCUGGAGCGGGUGGUUCCGAGGCCGACUUGUGGGCUCGUAACUCCCCACUGGCUGCUGAUCACGUUGCCGCGGGCUCUUUCGACACUGCGAUGCAGCUCCUGAACCGUCAAGUCGGUGCCGUUCACUUCGCUCCCCUCAAGGCUCGUUUCCUCGAAGUGUACAAGGCGUCCAAGACCUAUCUCCCAGCAACUGCUGGUCUGCCACCUUUGGUCAACUACGUCCGCCGGACCAUUGAUGAAACCGACUCCCGGAAGAUGCUUCCCAUCAUUCCUAAGGACCUAGAGACCAUUGCUAGUGUUGACUUGCAGGAGGGCUAUGCCGCCAUGCGUUCCAAUAAAUUGGAGGAUGGCGUUGCAACCUUCAAGCGCAUUCUCCACACUCUCCUCGUGAACACAGUCUCAUCCGAGGCUGACGUGGAGCAGGCAAAGAAGAUCAUUGCCACUGCGCGCGAAUACAUCCUGGCUAUGUCUAUCGAGCUCGAGCGCCGUACUCUUUCCACCGAUACCCCCGAGAACCUCAAGCGUAGUCUUGAGCUAUCUGCCUACUUCACCAUUCCUAAGCUCGAGGUCGCUCACCGACAACUGGCAUUGAUGGCUGCUAUGAAGUUCGCCUUUGCCAACAAGAACUACGGCUCUGCCUUGAGCUUUGCCAACCGGAUGCUGGCUAAUGGGGGCUCAGCCAAGCUUUUGGAACAGGCUAAGAAGAUUAAAGCUCAGUGCGAACGCAAUCCACAAGAUCAGAUCGAUAUUGACUUCGAUCCCUUCGCCGAGUUCGAUAUUUGCGCUGCUUCCUUCACCCCCAUCUACAGCGGCUCCCCCAGCGUAUCAGACCCCUUCACUGGCGCCAAGUAUCACCCCCAGUACAAGGGCAGUGUCGACCGCAUAUCGGAGGUUACGGAGAUUGGUGCGCCGGCCAGCGGCUUGCGCCUGUUCGUCCCCAGUCAAUUUUAA